AUGGCGCACGUUGGCACAGUUUUCACCAGCAGCGUGCUUUGUUUCGUAGCGGACGCUGCGCCAAGGCCAGGUCCAGAUGAGGUCAUGAAUUUCAAAGCCCACCAGGUCCUACACUUGUUCGACUUGAUUUCUCUUGUCCAAGUUUGCCAGACCACGCCUAUUGCCAGAGCAAGGGCGCGUGAGGUCAUGACCCGCUUGAGGCUGGAGGCCAUGGAACGCCUCAGGAUCAGCCUUCCGAAGCUCCCGUCCAUGGGGCGCGUCGUUUUUCACCUAGUGUGCCCCGAGCCGGCUUUUGCAUUUAGAGCCAUGGGCUCCAUGCUGGAGCUGGGGAAGGUGUUCCACUUGGGCGGGGCGGUGGCUAAGAAAGCUGAGAGGGCAGCUGCUUUUCUCGAGGGGCUUUAUGAGCGCAGCUGCAGACUGAUGAGGGUCAGGGAGGCCAUGUUCCUGGACACGGUGGGGGUGGUGCAAGCUGAGAUUGCGGAGCCCCCCAAGGAGGAAGAUCGCCUCAUCCUCGACAUCGAGGAUUAUUUGUUUGAUUAUGGUGCCUUAGACCGCGAUCUACCUUUGUGCUCCGAGUUGCGCUUGCUAGUAAGGCCAGACGAAGCUCCAGGCCACUUUCGACGGUUCGUGAAGGCAGCUGCCGCAGGACUUGAGGUGUUCUCCAAAGACGGAACGCCCGAGUGCAAAAAGGCCUUCGACUUUUAUCGUGACCUAGCCAAGACGCACGCGCUCGACGAGUUGAGAAGAACUGACAGCAGCUGA